AUGGAGGGGGCUACGGCGGGAGGAUUCCCGGGGGCGUCGCCUGCUUCCGCCGCCUCCUUCAGUGAAAGUCCCCUUUGGGUACAGCUGCAACCGCUACCGCGCUCCCUCAGGCCGGGCGGGGGACACCUUAAGUCUGCGUGGUCCCCGCGCCGCCACGCCCAGUGGCCGCCUGAGCCCUGCGAACAGGGGGAGGAGCCGCCGCCAGUGAAGGCGGAGGAGGUAAAGGAGGCGGAGACGGCCGAGACAGCGGAGAGGAAGGUGGAGGGGAAGGUGGAGGCGGCGGAGAAGGUGGACGCCACCGAGAAGGUGGAGGUGGCGGGGAAGGUGGACGCCACUGGGAAGGUAGCGACAGCCGAGAGUCCGGGCCACCGGGUUGAGCUCAAGCUGGAGCCAGCACCCGAGCCAGUCCCGGAGGCGGAGCAGGAGCCGAAGGGGAAGCAGGAGCUGGAGGAUGAGGACCCAGCGCGGAGUGGAGGUGGCGGCAGCAGCGACGAGGUUCCUCCCCCCACCCUCCCCUCCCACCCCCCGCGGCCCCCCCUACCCUCUGCGCACCGCCGUCGUGCUCCCCGCCUCCGACCCCGACCCCGGCCCCAGACCCGGCUCCGUACUCCGCCGCAGCCUAGGCCACGGCCCCCACCCCGGCCCCGGCCCCGGCCCCGGCGCGGCCCUGGGGGCGGAUGUCUGGAUGUGGAUUUUGCCUUGGGUCCACCAGGCUGCUCUCACGUGAACAGCUUUAAGGUGGGAGAGAACUGGAGGCAGGAACUGCGAUUGAUCUACCAGUGCUUCGUGUGGUGUGGAACCCCAGAGACCAGGAAAAGCAAGGCAAAGUCGUGCAUCUGCCAUGUGUGUGGCACCCAUUUGAACAGACUCCACUCUUGCCUUUCCUGUGUCUUCUUUGGCUGCUUCACCGAGAAACACAUUCAUGAACACGCUGAGACAAAACAACACAACUUAGCCGUAGACCUUUACUAUGGAGGUAUAUACUGCUUUAUGUGUAAGGAUUAUAUAUAUGACAAAGACAUUGAGCAAAUUGCCAAAGAAGAGCAAGGAGAAGCUUUGAAAUUACAAGCUUCCACUUCAACAGAGGUUUCUCACCAGCAGUGUUCAAAACCAGGCCUUGGUGAGAAAUAUCCGACCUGGGAAACAACCAAACCAGAGUUAGAACUGCUGGGACACAACCCACGGAGAAGAAGGAUCACCUCAAGCUUUACCAUUGGUUUAAGAGGACUCAUCAAUCUUGGCAACACUUGCUUUAUGAACUGCAUUGUCCAGGCACUCACUCACACUCCAAUCCUGAGAGAUUUCUUCCUCUCUGACAGGCACAGAUGUGAAAUGCCAAGCCCUGAGUUGUGUCUCGUCUGUGAGAUGUCUUCACUUUUUCGAGAAUUGUAUUCUGGAAACCCAUCUCCUCAUGUUCCCUAUAAAUUACUGCACCUGGUAUGGAUACAUGCACGCCAUUUAGCAGGGUACAGGCAACAGGAUGCCCAUGAGUUCCUCAUUGCAGCAUUAGACGUGCUGCACAGGCAUUGCAAAGGUGAUGAUGUUGGGAAGGCAGCCAACAAUCCCAACCACUGUAACUGCAUUAUAGACCAAAUCUUCACAGGUGGCCUGCAGUCUGAUGUCACUUGUCAGGCCUGCCAUGGUGUCUCUACCACAAUAGACCCAUGUUGGGACAUCAGUUUGGACUUACCUGGCUCUUGCACCUCUUUCUGGCCCAUGAGUCCAGGGAGGGAGAGCAGUGUGAAUGGGGAAAGUCACAUUCCAGGAAUCACCACACUCAUGGACUGCCUGCGAAGGUUUACAAGGCCAGAACACUUAGGAAGCAGUGCCAAAAUCAAGUGUGGUAGUUGCCAAAGCUACCAGGAAUCUACCAAACAGCUUACAAUGAAUAAAUUACCUGUUGUUGCCUGUUUUCAUUUUAAACGGUUUGAACACUCAGCCAAACAGAGGCGCAAGAUCACUACAUACAUUUCCUUUCCUCUUGAGCUGGAUAUGACACCAUUUAUGGCCUCAAGUAAAGAGAACAGAAUGAAUGGACAGUUCCAGCUGCCAACCAAUAGUGGAAACAACGAGAAUAAGUAUUCCUUGUUUGCUGUGGUUAAUCACCAAGGAACCUUGGAGAGUGGCCACUAUACCAGCUUCAUCCGGCACCACAAGGACCAAUGGUUUAAAUGUGAUGAUGCUGUCAUCACCAAGGCCAGUAUUAAGGAUGUGCUGGACAGUGAAGGGUAUUUACUUUUCUAUCAUAAACAGGUCCUGGAACACGAGUCAGAAAAAGUGAAAGAAAUGAAUACACAAGCCUACUGA